AUGUUGCUAGGAAUACGAGGGCUGUGCCGUUGGAUGGUACCCUCCACUGCUCGGGUUCUACAGCGCCCGAUGAGCAGUCUGCCCUCGUUGCGGGACUACCAGGAGAAGGCCAUCGCAAACUGUCUCGAGGCGAUACAGCAGGGCACGCUACGGAUUGGCGUCUCGCUGGCCACGGGCGGCGGGAAGACGGUCAUCUUCGCAAACCUGAUAGACAGGUACUUCCAGGAGUUGGCAGAGAGGGGCCACCGCGACAGCAGCCCCAAAUGUCUGCUCCUGGUACAUCGGAGGGAACUCGCCUUCCAAGCUAUAGCAACGAUCAAGCGGUGUGUCCCACGACUGCGACUGCAGUUGGAGAUGGGUAAGUACCAUGCAAACUACGACGACGCAGAUGUUAUCAUUGCGUCCGUACAGUCGCUCGUGCGGCGGCUGGACUCGUGCGACCCGAAGCAAGUGGACCUCAUUGUCGUUGACGAGGCGCACCAUAUCGUAGCGGACUCGUACGCGAAGGUCCUAGCACACUUCCAAGCGGACACCCCGCAGACUGAAAUCCCCGUCGUUGGGUUCAGCGCUACAUUCGAGCGCGCGGACCGCAAGGCCAUCUCCAGAGCACUCGACGAGAUCAUAUACCACCGCGGGAUUGUUGAGAUGAUAGAGGAUAGGUGGCUCUGUGAGGGGAAGUUCACGACCGUUGCGAUCGACGCGGACUUGACACAGGUCAAGACUACAGCCGCGGGGCGGGGUACUUCGAACGUCGAAAUGCUGUCCCGCGUCAUCAACGUCGACAGCAUCAACGAGGUCAUCGUCAAGACGUACCUGCACAAGAGAGACACCGCAAGGGUCAAGUCGACUCUCUUGUUUGCUAUAGAUAAGGCUCAUGUCCAAGCGCUCUACGAAAAGUUUAAGUCCUACGGGGUCCAGGCAGAGUACGUCACCUCUGACUUGAAAUCGGACGUCCGGGACCGCACCAUCCAGCGGUUCAGGGACAGGCAAUCCGAGGUGCUUAUCAAUUGUGGGAUCUUGACCGAGGGGACCGAUAUCCCGAACAUUGACUGCAUACUGCUGUGCCGCCCGACGAGGUCGCGGCCGCUACUCGUCCAAAUGAUAGGUAGAGGGCUCCGGUUACAUCACAAGAAGAGUCACUGCCACAUCGUCGAUUUUGUCGGCGCGAAGUCUGUAGGCGUAGUCUCGUUCCCCUCUUUGGUCGGUGUGCCGGACUAUAGGGGCACCCUAGACGAAGCCACCAUGGACGACUUGGCAAAGAUCAAGGAAGCGUGGGAUGAGAAAGAGAGGCGUAUGAGGGAACAGGCGCAGAUGGAAGAGUCACGGUUAAGCGAGGAAAGGGCGCAGAGAGAGGCCAUGCUGCGAGAGUCACAAGAGAAGAAAAUACAGUACAUGCAGGAACUUGUCAACUCUGUAGACUUGACCAUGGUAUCGUACGAUUCCUUCGAAAAGUUCUGCGAUGACCAGAUUGCUCUGGACUCCCUCUCUGGUGACCCAGCUUCUUCAUCGACGCGAAAGAUGGAACACAACCUUUUAACGCAGUCCAACUACCUGUGGCUUAAAUUUUCGGACGAUGGAUGGGCAUUCAGCCUCAUGGGCUACAACCACCUCCGGAUAUACCGAGAAAAGGACCCUGCAGACAAGACAAAAGUCGUGUACAAGCUGAAGCUGUACCGCGAAAUCCCAAGACACUUCAGAUCCUCCUUCGAUGGUAAGUUCAACACAACGGAGGUUAUGAAGAGUGAGCGCGACCUGUUCAAAAUUGUUGGGAAGGCCCACAGUGUCAUCGAGGAACUGUCCAGACAAAAGACGGCAACUUCCAAAUUUGGACCCCCCAACGUCACAAAGUUCGCACCUUGGAGGAGGAGACCCGCUACAGAGAGACAAAAGGCGUACAUCGGCCGACUACUGCACAAGUUAUACUCUACGAGCAAAAAACCGUUCGGCACUUUGACUUCGAGAGACAUCGACCGCUACAUCUCCACCCUCACGAGGGGGGCAGCCUCCAAUCUUGGGUUUCUCACUUCAAUCGCACCAGUGUACCCAAUACGCAACCUGCUCAAAGUGCUGGAGUUUAAAUCCAAGCACAACCAGCAACCAUAG